AUGUACAGCAACCGGAAGAUCGCCGCGGAGUUCACGACGGCCCCGAGCCCGGCGGCGAAGGUGUCGCUGACCGUGGGCCACUGGGUCAUGGCGCUGCUCUUCCUCUGCGAGCUGCUCGUCUUCCUGCGCGUCGAGGAGCGGGACCACGUCGUCGUCGACCGGUCCAUGGGCCAGCGGCUCAAGAUCGGCCUGAACAUCACGUUCCCCGCGCUGACGUGCGCCGAGGUCCACUUGGACGCGAUGGACGUCGCGGGCGACUACCACCCCUACAUGGAGCAGCACAUGACGAAGCAGCGCCUGGACGGCCGCGGGUCGCCCAUCCCGCACCGGGCCAUCCCCGAGCGGGCGAACGAGUACGAGCACGGGCCCGAGGACACGGGCGCGGGCUGCCAGAGCUGCUUCGGCGCGGAGACGGCCGAGCAGCCCUGCUGCAACACCUGCGACGAGCUGCUGCGCGCCUACGGGAACAAGGGCUGGUCCGCCCAGGAGAUCAAGAAGGAGGCGCCCCAGUGCGUCGACGACACGCGCGACGACAGCAUCCGCGCGAUCAAGAAGGGCGAGGGCUGCAACCUCGCGGGCUGGCUCGAGGUCAACAAGGUCGCGGGCAACGUCCACGUCGCCAUGGGCGAAUCCGCCAUCCAGAACGGCCGCUUCGUCCACCAGUUCGACCCGACGCGCGCGCCCGAGUUCAACGUGUCGCACGUCAUCCACGACCUCGCGUUCGGCGAGACCUACGACGGCAUGGCUUUGCCGUUGUCGGGCACGUCGCGCAUCGUCGACGCGGCCACGGGCACGGGCCUCUUCCAGUACUUCAUCAAGCUCGUGCCGACGAUCUACCGCGCGGCGCCCGACGCGGCGCCCGUGCGGACGGUCCGCUACUCGUACACGCAGCGGUUCCGGCCGCUCCACAACCAGCCGCCCCCGACGGCCAUGCUCCCGGGCAUCUUCCUCGUCUACGACUUCUCCGCGUUCAUGGUCGAGGUCACGCGGCACCGGAGCUCGCUCGCGCACUUCCUCGUCCGCGUCUGCGCCAUCGUCGGCGGCGUGUCGACGGUCGUCGCCUUCGUCGACUGGGCCGUCGUCCGCGCGAAGCGCCUCUACUGUUAA